AUGCAAUCGCUUCACUUCUGGCUCGCCUCCGCACUCGCCCUCGCGGCGACUGUGGAAGGCCAAAACAACAAUUCCUCAAAGGUUGAAGCGGCCCUCGCCGCCAUCACCGUCACCAAUCUCGCCGAUGUUCGUGGCAACCUGCACCUACCUUCCACCAGUGACGGCCUCAAUGUCACCUGGGCAAGCAACUCUUCUUCGGUUAUCUCAAGCAGUGGUGUUGUCGUCAGACAGGCCGAAGAUACCAAGGUAGCGCUUACCGCUUCCAUCGACUACGAAGGCAGCUCUCAUACUCGAGAACUAGUCGCUUCCGUCCGCAAAGCUGUGGUCCUUGACCCAUUUGCAGGUUAUGCCUUCUCUUAUUUCACUGGAAACUCCAUUGCUGGAGAGAAGAUCUACUUCGCUGCUAGCAAAGGCAACGAUGCCCUGCAAUGGACCGAGCUCAAUGGAGGUCAGCCCGUCUUGACAUCUACGUACGGCACCAAAGGACUCCGUGAUCCCUUCCUCAUCAGAUCACCAGAGGGAGACACUUUCUACCUUAUCGCGACCGAUCUCUCCAUCGGCUCAGGCACGUCAUGGAGCGAUUCAGUGCGCUUCGGAAGUCGUUACCUCGAGGUUUGGGAAUCCCACGAUCUCAAGACCUGGUCAGCACAGCGACACGUCUUGAUAUCUCCUCCUGAAGCAGGAAACACAUGGGCCCCCGAAGCAUACUACGAUGACGACCUCGGCGUCUAUCUGGUAUUCUGGGCAUCAUCUCUCUACAAGGACAGUGAUGUGAAUCGUACUGAAAGUACCUACCAUCGCAUGCUUUACGCAACCACCCGCGACUUCGUGACCUUCAGCGAGACCUCUGUCUGGCAGGACGCUGGCAUGUCAAGAAUUGACUCGACUGUCAUCAAGUCGUCCGAUACCUAUUACCGCUUCACAAAGGACGAAGGCGCCAGCGGCACUGGAUGCAGUGACAUCAUCCAAGAGAGCUCGAAAUCGCUUCUCGCUACCCUGGAUUCGUGGACCAUCAUAGACUCUUGCAUCGGCAAGAAGGCUGGUACCAGCGCCGUCGAAGGCCCGACUGCAUUUAAAGCGAACCCGGACGAUGUCCACGGCGAGAAGUUCUACCUCUUCGUCGACGAGUACGGUGGCCGCGGCUACAUCCCCCUCGAAACUGCCGACAUUGGUAAACCUAACUGGGUAGUAUCGUCUUCUUACAGCCUUCCGGCCAGCCCGCGUCACGGAACUGUCAUUCCCGUCACUGCUGCUGAGCUUGCGUCCUUGACGGAAGCUUCGACCACGCGCCGAGCAGUCAACGCUGACGGCGAAAUCCUCCGCUACGACUUCUCAUCUGUUGACGGCACCCAGCUACAAGAUGCUUCCGGAAACGGCAACCACGCUGUGAUCAAUGGUGGUGCUACUGUCGUGGACGGUGUUCUCACCUUUGACGGUUCCAAUGACUUUGUCCAGCUUCCCAACAACAUCUUGUCUGGCGUCGAGGACGUCUCCAUCGAAGCUCAGGUUCUCCUCGAUGCUUCUCAGGCAACCCCCUACUUUAUCUACGGAAUUGGCAACACUGCUGCUAAUGGUAAUGGUGAUGGAUAUCUCUUCACGUCCGGAAGCCCUUACAGAGCCAGCAUCACUACUAGCGACUGGACAGGGGAGCAGACGGCAGCUUCCAGCUCCUCUCUGCCCUCAGGGUCUUGGCUGCAUCUUGUCUACACUAUCACGGGUCGUACCUCUAUUAUUUACCUCAACGGUUUUGAGGUGGCUAGGAACGAAGACGUCAGUAUCGAUCCUAAAAGCAUCGGUAAUGGUGUCACGACUGCAAACUAUAUUGGCAAGUCUGUCUACUCUAGCGACAAGCUUUUCAAGGGCCAGAUUCGCGAGUUUGCCAUUUUCAACAGGUCCUUGACCGCUGCUGAAGUUCUCUCUCGCUCUGGAAACGUUGGCGCUAUCACGGAAGUGUCUCUUUCCGAUGCCUCACUCUUGAAGGUCCCCGUCAUCAUUAACACCACCGACCACAAAGUCUUGUUCCCCGUCAAGCCGGGCACCAACCUCGCCUCUCUCGCCCCUGUCUUCACCACUGCCAAGGGCGUGACCUCAUCUCCUGCAUCUGGCUCAACUGUCAAUCUGAACACUCCAGUCAAGUAUGUGUUGUCUAACGGCAGUAAGGUCGUCGCAGAAUGGAACAUUAGCGCCGUGGAUAUGGGCAGCCCUGUCCUGCCCGGCCUUUACGCUGACCCCAACGUUGCCGUUUACAACGGCGUCUACUAUAUCUAUGCCACCACCGAUGGAGUUCCCGGCUGGGGUGGAAACACGUUCUACUUCUGGAAGUCUACCGAUCUCGUUCAAUGGACCCGCAGUCAGGAGCCCUUCCUCACUCUUGACGGAGCGAACGGCAACGUCCCGUGGGCGACCGGCAAUGCUUGGGCUCCCACCAUAACCGAGCGCAAUGGAACAUACUACUUCUACUUCAGCGGCCAAAACGCAGCUCUGAACACCAAGACAAUCGGCGUUGCGGUGGCUAAAUCUCCCGAGGGACCUUUCACUGCUCAGCCGGAGGCUAUGAUCCUCAAUAAUGAGGCCGUCACCGCAGGACAAGCUAUUGAUCCGGCGGCUUUCCAUGACCCAGUCUCUGGUAAAUACUACCUCUACUGGGGUAACGGUAACCCUCUUGUGGCAGAGUUGAACGACGACCUGAUUUCUGUCAACUGGGGCACGGCGCAACGUAUGACCGGCCUGGUCGACUUCCGAGAAGGUCUUUUCAUGGUCUAUCGCAAAGGGCUCUACCAUCUCACGUACUCCAUCGACGAUACUGGAUCCGAGGACUACCGGGUGGGGUAUGCUAGUUCCAAGACUUUCAACGGCCCUUGGACAUACCACGGCGUUAUUUUGCAGAAGGAUCCGUCCCAAGGCAUCCUUGGUACUGGCCACAACUCCAUGUUCAACGUCCCAGGCACAGACGAUUGGUACAUUGUCUACCACCGCUUCGCUAUCCCUGAUGGCGGUGGUUACAGACGCGAGACAACUGUUGAUCACGUAUACUUCAACUCUGAUACGGGAUUGAUUAUUCCGGUUGUCCCUACUUUGACAAGCGUUAAACCUCAAACUGUUCCUCAAAAGGUCCGGCGCAGUUCGCGAGCGAUUCGUUUUUGA